AUGCCAACAUAUUCGGAUACAUCUUCGGACGCAGUUGCUUAUGAUUUGGAUGAGUUGAUGGACGAGAUUGAGGAAAUUAUUGAGAGACCCUCAAGUCAGCCAACUCCUCCUCAAAGAGCAGUGACAACAAAAAUUGAGGAAAUCUCACGAAAUGUUUCAUCUUCUCCAAUAAUCAGUACUGUCACUCCAUCCCAUAGAAAUAGUAAGAAUAAUUUGUUUUCCAAUUUGAAUAAUAAUGUCAAUUAUCCACCAGCCCAGGCUCAACCUCUCACACGAGAGUCUUCAUUUAAGAGACCAAUGCAUCUGAGUCCAUUUUCUCAACAUUCUCCGACCAAUAGGAAAAGUUCAGACCAUCACGAGCUAGAUAAGAUCAUGAAUGAGUUAUUGGAGGAACCUGUAUCACCUCUUGUGAAGAAAAAGAAUUCAUUCUCCAAAGUUAAUGCUUUUAAGGUUCUUUCUCCAAGCAAUGUAGGAAAUCAUCAGGCACCCCAAAAGAUCAGCUCCUCAGCUUUGACAACACCUCACAACAAUAUGGGAAAUUACCAUACAACGUUACAUCAUGAACCUGUUGUGCAAACUCCAAGAAAAUGCUCAACAGUUUUCAUUGGAAACCACUCGGAUAGUUUAGGAAUCAAUUCGUUCACGACUUUUAAGCGAUGCAACGACUUGAGAUGCAUGAAAUGCGAUUUCAAAGUCGCCAUCUUUGAUGGAAAGAAAUGGAAACCCGAUGUGAACUAUCUAUUUUUCAGAAACAAUUAUCCAGAUACUGUGAAAAAAGGGUUUGAAGAAAAGGACUUUCCUGAUUUUUCCAGCUAUUGUUGUCAAUGUACCUGGAUUUCUGUGAACGAGAGAACGAAUUUGAAAAACUUGCCCUCAAUUAACUGGUAUUGUGGAGGUCAUAAGUAA